AUGGAGCCUGUCGUGCUUAUCUCCGCCUGCAAGGGGGAGGCCCGCAACCUGCGCUCCGGCUACAAGCAGCUGGCGCGCCACCUGAAGGCGGCUCGCUGCGAUGUGCGGCGCCUGGACGCCGCCUCUGGGCUCACGCCGGCGGCGCUGGCGCAGGCGGCGAUCGUCGUGUUUGGCGGCCCCACCCAGCCCUUUGCGCCCAAUGAGCUGGACUGCCUGCGCGCCUACCUGCGGGGCGGCGGCAACCUGCUGGUGCUGGCGGGGGAGGGCGGCGAGGCGGCGGCAGGCACCAACCUCAACUCCCUGCUAGCCGACUACGGCCUGCGUGUGGCCGCCGACUGUGUCAUUCAGACGGCCUUCACCAGGCGCGCUGCUGCCGCUGCGCCUGCUGGGCGGCAGCCUGCAAAAACAGCAGCAUCGUAUACUGCAGCAGACGGGAGGUACCUGCACCCCAAGCAGGUGCUGGUCUCGGAGGGCAUGCUGUCCCCCGACAUGGUCGCCUACUGUGCCAACAACAGCCGCGCAGCAGCCCGGCGCGCCGCCGGGGCAGGCGGCGGCGGCGCGGCGGCGGCGGGCGGCCGCGCCACCGACGAGAACGGGCGCCCGCUGGCCUCCUUUGUCUACCCCAACGGCUCCACGGUGGUGGCGCAGGCCCCCGCCCUGCCCUUCCUGUCCUCGGGCCAGGUGGCGCACCCCUGCAACAUGACAAUAGGCGCGGCCUGGUGGCAGGAGGGCGGCGGCGGGUCGGGGCGCCUGGCUGUGCUGGGCUCGGCCGCCAUGUUCGACGACGAGUGGCUGGCCAAGGAGGACAACACCGCGCUGCUGGACUUUCUGUUGGGCUGGAUGCUGCGGGACCCCGCCUGCGAGCUGCGCCCCAAAAACAUGGCGGAGCCGGAGAUCGUCGACCCCCGCCCCGUCACGCAUGUGGCCGAGCUGGCGGCGAAGCCGCUCGUGUGCCUGCAGGAGCACGAUGACCUGCCUCGCGACAUCACCAAGCUGUUUGCCGACAAGCUCUUCAAGCUGGACCUGUCCCUCAUCCCGCAGGUGGCGGCGCUGCGGCGCGCCAUGGGCGCCGAGGGCGUGCUGCAGCGGCGCGCGCUGCCGCUGUGGAGGCCGCCCCUGGAGGUGCCCUUCCCGCCGCUGCAGCCCGCCGUCUUCCCGCCCGCCUUUGCCGAGCCGCCGCCCCCUUCACUGGAGCUGUUCGACCUGGAGGAGGAGCUGGCGGGGCCGCUGGAGCAGCUGAGCCGCGCGACUGCGCAGUUCCUUGCGGCCCCCAAGGCCAGCCAGCAGCUGGAGGCGUACGUCCAGGGCUGCGCUCAGCUGCUGGGCCUGCGCAGCGCGCGCGGCGGUGGCGCCAAGGAGCAGCUGGCCGAGGUGCUGGAGGCGGUGGUGCAGUGCAAGCUGCCAGACUUCUAUGCCCAGCCGGCGGCAGGGUCCGGCGAGGACCCGUACUGA